AUGGCGUUUCCCGGCCAUUUCGCCAACCUCCCCGCUACGAUGCCUUCCCCACACCCAACCCUUUUCGUCUCCCCUCUCGCCCUCUCCCAAACCCCGUUCCGCAUCCUCUCCUCAAGACCUCUGCGCUGGUCCUGCGCUGUCUACCGCCCUCUCUCCCGCCAUGUUCCCCACCUGUCUGUCCAACCUACCUCCCCCCGUCCCCCCCAUCCCGUGCGCGACCUGUCGCACGGCCUCCUCUCCUCCACCGUCGGCUCUCUCAUCGGCGCAGGCGGCGGCGUAGUCCUCACCCCUCUUCUCACCCUCACCCGCCUAGCCCAACACGAAGCCCACGGCACCUCCCUCCUCGUGGUCGCUAUCACGGCUCUCGUCUCUGCCCUUCGUUACUUCACCCGCGCCCGCGUCGACCUUCCCGCAGCCGCUGCUCUCAUGGCCGCCGCCUUGCUCGCCGCGCCCGCGGGAGCCCGCGCCUCGGCCAGUCUCGACGCGAAAAGGCUCAAGAGAUGCUUCGGGGCGUUUUUGCUCUUCGUAUCUUUUGCUAUUCCGCUCUUGCCCAAAGUAGCCAUGCUUUCCCCCGUCGCAUUGCCUAGCACUGUACGAAUCCCCGUACUGGCGGUGGUGGGGAUGCUGUCCGGGUUCUUGAGCGGCUUGCUAGGAAUUGGCGGCGGCACGAUCAACGUGCCAACGCUUGUGUUGCUUGGCUUUUCGCAGACUGUCGCGCAGGGGACUGCGUUGAUGGCGAUGGUGCUUCCGUCGAUAAGGGGGGCGUACACGCACUUUAAGCUCGGCCACGUGCGCACGGAGAGGUUGCCGGGACUUGUGGCAGGGGCGUUGCUGGGAGGGUUUUUGGGCGCCAGCACGGCGUUGAGAUUGCAGGAGGGGACGCUGAGGGUUGUUUGCUCGGGGAUUUUUGCCAUGAUUGGGGUCAAGUAUUUACUGCCGGGGAAGAAGAGUUAG